ACCGGCCUCGCCUCCCGCAGUCAGUGACGUUUUCCAGCAUGUUGUGACGUCAGCAGGAGUGAUCUUGAACGCAGCCCAGUCUCGUUGUGAAACAUUCAGAGCCGGCAGUCGGGUGCUUCGUGGAGAACGACUAGGCGCAGAAGACGGAUGCGAUGCUGCUUCUCAGGCGCUGCCACGGCCUGACUCGCUUUGGCCACGUCCACAUUCAAAGCAGGCAUCACCUGCCCCCUGCAGUGUUAUCGCACGCAGCUCGCCUCUGCAGCACCCAUGAUAACACGUCCCACAGGCAUCUCAGCGGGUUCAGCUGGAAGCACGGGUUGGCGGGGCUGCUGGCUGGCGCCGGGGCUGUAAUCGCUUUUGGCCUACAUCGGCACGAGGCGGAGCAUCCGGCCGCCGCCGCCGCUGCUCAGACCGCAGAGAGCAGCUCGUCUCUUCCCGUCUUCGGCCAGGAGGAAGUUUCAAAGCACCGAUCUCUGAGCGAGGGCGUGUGGGUCACUUUCAGGGGAGGCGUCUAUGACAUCACAGACUUUGUGGCCAUGCAUCCUGGCGGGGAGAAGAUCCUGCUGGCAGCAGGGGGGGCCCUCGAACCUUUUUGGGCGCUGUAUGCCGUUCACAACCAGGAGCAUGUGCUGGAAAUCCUUUCCGAGUACAAGGUUGGGGAGCUUUGUGCUGAGGACUUGAAGAAGCAGGAACCUGCAGAAUCAUCUGACCCGUACUCGACUGACCCGGACCGCCACCCUGUGCUGCGUGUCAACAGCCUAAAGCCUUUCAACGCGGAGCCGCCUCCCGAGAUCCUGACGGACAGUUACAUCACUCCCUCUGCUUUCUUCUUCAAAAGGAACCACCUGCCGGUUCCCCAAGUGGACCCGGCUUCCUACCAGCUGCAAGUUGAGGGACUUCCAGGCGGAGCAGUGACGUUCUCGUUAGAAGACUUGAAGACCCGGUUCCCGAAACACGACGUGACUGCCACAGUGCAAUGUGCGGGCAACCGGCGGUCCGAGAUGGAUCGAGAGAAGCAGGUGAAAGGAUUGAGCUGGGGAAUCUCCGCCAUCAGCAAUGCCAAGUGGAGCGGCGCCAGGCUCAGGGACGUCCUGCUGGCGGCAGGGUUUGGGCCGGACGUGGCGCAGUGGGCUCGCCACGUUCACUUUGAAGGGCUGGACAAAGACGUGACGGGCGCCGCUUAUGGCGCCUCUAUCCCUUUAAAUAAGGCUGUAAGCGAGGAGGGAGACGUUCUUCUGGCUUAUGAAAUGAACGGUGAAAAGAUUCCCCCAGACCACGGCUUCCCAGUGAGGGUGGUGGUGCCGGGCGUGGUCGGGGCACGCAGUGUGAAGUGGGUGGGGAAGAUCGCGGUCAGCGCCGAGGAGAGCAGCAGUCACUGGCAGCAGUACGACUACAAAGGGUUCCCCCCUGGAACGGAUUGGAACACGGUGGAUUAUAAAUCCGCUCCAGCCAUCCAGGAGCUGCCCGUUCAGUCGGCCAUCACCUCGCCAGCGGAUGGCGCCUUGAUCGACAGCAGUGACGGCUUCUUGACUGUGAAAGGCUACGCGUGGAGCGGCGGGGGUCGAGAGGUGGUGCGUGUCGACGUCUCCCUGGAUGGAGGCCAGACGUGGCAGGUUGCGAAGCUGCGGAGCAGCGACGAGGCGCACGAAGCUCCGCCUCCGCCCGGCCGAGCCUGGGCUUGGAAGCUGUGGGAGCUCACGGCUCCACUCCCUCCUCCGGCUCAGGAGCUGGAGAUCAUCUGCAAGGCGGUGGACAGCAGUUACAACGUUCAGCCGGAGACAUUUCCUCCCAUCUGGAACCUGAGGGGCCUGCUCAGCAACGCCUGGCACCGAGUGACGGUGAAGAUCAUAGAGGGUUGAUGGCUCCCCGCCUCAAUUAGACCUGACAAAACAACUCAAAACCAGACCAGGUACCUGUUGGGAUGAGGAACUGGGAAGUGUUUCUACCCAUCAUUCCUGACUUACUUUUGCAGAGAUUCACAGAAGGACGUACCUAAAAUGAAGAAGGACACUUGAAUUGAUGAAUUCUUAUCCUCUCAUCUCUGCAGAUGUUUCAAAAGAGGCAGUUCUAAAUUAUUUUCGUUUUUUUUUUUUUUUUUUUAGAGGAAAAAACUAUUUUUGUAGCGGCACACAUUUUGUGAAAAGUUUUAUGAUCAAAAUGCAAGAAAGGUUUAGAAACAGACUCUUUUUUAAAGUCUAGGGAUGCUGAGAAGUGUCAGAAUAAGAGUCUUUGCCUUUUCUCUUUUUUUAAUUUUUUUAUUAAGGCUGGAACUGGAAUUCACAAUGAAUCUCUCAAACAGCUGAACUUUGUGGCUGUAAUGACGAAUCUUUCAAUCUAAAACAGAGGAUUGUUUUCGAUUGUUUGUUCAUCUGCAGAUCAGAUGCAAACUGAGCCGUGUUUCUGUUGCAGUUCGGCUUGUUUUAGUCAAUACUCACGAAGCUCCAGUAUUUAUGAAAUCUGAAGAAUUUCACUUUUCUGCACAAAGUGGGUGUCGUGUGUAGGAGAGCACAUCCUGUUUACAUGAACAUACUUUUACUUCAUGGUACUUUUAAUGAGAUUUCUAACUCUAACAGAGAUCAUUUUAAGUAAAACAGAAGUGAAAAUCUACUUUUUUGUUGUUGUUUUUUGGAACAAAGGUUUUUGGAACAGGUUUAAACUUGAGGAAUUUAGUUUUUUUUGUUUUUAUGUAAAGGAAAAGGCAGGGGAGUUUUCAAAGUGUAGCCAGUGCCGACUGAUUCACAUCAAAGAGUGGAGGAAACACUUCAUUUGGUGGAAAAAAUCUAAAUUUUAUGACACUUUUUAACAAUACUAAUUUAUGAAAUCGGUAUUUAUGAGAGAUUAAUAAAAUAUAACUGUUAUAUUAGCUAAUUUUAUUUUAUUUUUUGGUUGUGCAGGCAUGUUCAGGCAAAUCAAGUUUUAUUUAGAAUCUGCUGAGAAACAUUAAGAGGUAAAAGCAGAAGGAACAAUGAUUUUAUUCAAAAUUGGAGAUUCUUAAAAUGAUUAAUAAACUUCAAAGCUGCGCAUGUAUAAAUACAUGUAAAGUAUUUGAUGUUUUUGACUGAAUCUGCACAGUUUUUUUGUAAUAAACGUUCUUGCUGAAAGUUCUUAA